CCUUCUUUUGCUAAUCGCCUACCACGGGUGCGUACAUCGAUGUGUGUAUAUGAAGAAGAAGAUAAACUUUCAAAAGGCAAAUGGUCCUGCUACUUUCAAGGACUGACCGCGCGAUGCUUAGAGCGCAAAGAUUUGAAAGUAACGUGCAUUAAAAAAAGCCACGGCGACGUACCUCUAUCACCUUUCAAGAAAUCGACAUUGAACGUGGUCGAGUGUCCGUACGCGUUCUACGACUAAGUGUCUGACUCUACGUAGACGAAGAAGAGCAAGGAACGCGCCAUAAUGGAGCAAGCAAGCGAGCAAGAAUAGCCCCGAGGCGCGCAUACGCCCGGCAUCAGGAACAAUUGAGCCUUCGCGGUUGGUCUCGCUCGAGGACAAGUCGACGCUCAGUGGACUGACAGGCGAGGCCCGCAGGAGGCGACCUUGAAGCAUAGACAAACCGGGCAGUGCGCCACGACGUCGACAUGCAGGCUCCCGUGGUGAUCGACGCGGUCGACGUGGUCGACGCGGUCGACGUCGCCGACGUGGAGGCGGACCUGAACGACGACGACGACGACUGGGAGGACGACGAGGAGGCGGACGAAGACGAAGUGCGCGACGACGUCCGGCCCUUUCACUAUCAGGUCUGCCUCGUCAUCGGGACCCUGGCCAUCGGCGUCUCCUGCAUCGUCGCCAUAUGCGCGGUGGAGACCUCCAUGGAGCCGUGGAACGAGCCGGCGCCCGGAGGCAGCGACGAGGAGCUGCUGCCCGCCCUGCUGGCGUACCACGCGAAAGCGCGGGCCCACGUGGUGCUCGUCCCCGCGCUGUUGGUCACCAUCGUGGGCUUCCUGGGGUCGCUGCGCAGGAACCCGCGCCUGCUCGCCAUCUACGUGGUGGCCGUGGCGCCGUUCGUGCUGCUGCCCUUCGUCAUCCCUGCGCUCUGCAUCGGUCCGGAGCCCACGACCAAGCAUCUGUGCCCGAAGUACGUCUCUUCCUUUCUGGACGUGGUGCUGGGCGGCGAUACGACGCCGCUGUGGAUGUGGUCCUCCUGGUCCGGCCCGGUCCUCGUGAUCAGCAUCAUCAGCGCCGCGAGGCUGUACGAGGCCACCAAUAUGGCGGCCCAGCUGCAGGACCAGCUGGUGGCGGCGGCUGGACCCUGGAACAGGCGCCGGAUGGACCGCGCCAGAGGUUGACGCCGCGGCGCCGAGACUGGACACUGUAGUGCUCGGCCGAGGGGGCCAUCGACCGGGGAAACCCCCUCCCCCCACAGCAGUAUGCUGGAGGGGAAGCUUACGCGUUUCUCAGUCACGCGCAAUCUGAUUCUUUUUUUUACUUCUUUUCAA